UAUCUCUCUCGCUAUUAGGAUCACUUCAGUUGUAGUCUAGUUUGUUCUCCUCUUGUUUUAUUGUCGUUCUUCUCCCCUUUCAAUUACAAAACAAAUAAGUUGAGUAAAAUUUCCCUAUUUGUAACGUUUUUGCCUAGUCCCUCUUUCUCUCUUUUUCUCUCUCAAAGUUUCUCAAUCACCGGAAUCCACCCUUCAUCAUCACGGAUUAUCGCUGAAAUCUACUCUCCACACCACUCAAAAACCCAAAGCAUUCACUCUCUCCGGGAGACACAAAUGCGCAAGAGGAAAUCACAGCCCAAUCAAACCGAUUGUACAUGUUUUGUUUUUGGAAACUGGGAGAACAACACAAUGCAAGGCAGUGUACUGGCAUUUACAGACGACGCUGUUCUGCCAGUCAGUGCUGUAUCUACUACAGUUACUGAGCUUGGCAAUAAAGGGUUUGAACUAUGUGAUCCUCAAAUUAUCACUCAAGCAUCCUCUUUGAAUCAGCUGCCUAUGGAGUCUUCCUCUAUAGAUAUUGUUAUUUGUAUCAGUAGAUCAGCUGAAUUUCCCAGUGUUCGGUUAUUUGAGGAAAUCUCAAGAGUGUUGAAGCCUGGUGGCACAAUACUAAUUCACAGGACUUCUCAGUCCGCAACAGGGGAAACGGAUAAGACAACCUCCACUCUUGAGCGCAACUUACUUUUGGCAGGGUUCUUAGAAGCAGAGGUCCUUGGACAAAAGUCAAUGGUCAAGGCUAAGAAGGCUUCAUGGAAGAUUGGUUCUUCAUUUGCUAUCAAGAAGGCCACAAAAAGUCCGAUUACAGUUCAGAUCAAUGAUGACUCAGAUCUGAUUGAUGAAGAUAGCCUAUUAAGUGAAGAGGAUUUAAAGAAACCACAGCUACCACUGGUUGGUGAUUGUGAAGUUGGAAGCACGAGGAAAGCUUGCAAAAACUGCACGUGCGGGCGGGCUGAAGCAGAGCAGAAAAUACAGAUAAAACCGACUGUGGAGCAGAUUAAUAAUCCUCAAUCAGCUUGCGGCAGUUGUGGGCUAGGGGAUGCUUUUCGGUGCGGUACAUGUCCUUACAAGGGUCUUCCGCCCUUCAAACUGGGCGAGAAGGUAUCGCUAUCUGGGAACUUUCUUGCAGCAGACAUAUAAAGAUGACAUGGUCGACGUGGGUUCUGUCAUUAUGUAGAUGAGGUUCAAACAGUCUCAGCCCUCUGGUAGCAAUUCAAGUUGGCAGUAGUUCAAUCUUUCUUUAACUGCCCCAAAACUAGAGAAGGUUUGAGAUGUUAGCUGUAGUUUACUUUUGAAAUAUGUAAAGCUUAAGUUCAUAGAAGACAAUAUCUGAUAUUGUUCCUCCAACAAUAAAUAGUUUUUGAGGUCUGUGCCAUGAAGAUUUUAAUGAGAAAAACAGGGGGAGGAAAAAAUUGUUUCUUCCCUCCCAUAAUGCUUCUAA